AGCGGUCUUUUGUCUCUUCUUCAUUGAUUAAACUCUAUAGUAUAUUAAAUAUGAAGGAGCUUCAAAGACAGACCAACAUGGAAGACAGAAUUUCUUUGAUCAAGAACGAUGUCACUGAAUUGAUUGGUAACACACCAAUGGUGUAUCUAAAUAAAAUUGUUGAUGGUUGCGUUGCCCGUAUUGCUGCCAAGCUUGAGAUGAUGGAGCCUUGCUCUAGCAUCAAAGACAGAAUCGCGUAUAGUAUGAUCAAAGAUGCAGAAGACAAAGGAUUGAUUACUCCCGGAAAGAGUACAUUGAUUGAGGCAACGGGUGGUAACACCGGGAUUGGUUUAGCCAGCAUCGGGGCUUCAAGAGGUUAUAAAGUGAUUCUUUUGAUGCCUGCAACUAUGAGCUUAGAGAGGAGAAUCAUUAUGAGAGCAUUAGGUGCAGAGGUUUAUCUCACAGAUAUGAGCAUAGGGAUUAAAGGACAGUUGGAGAAAGCUAAAGAGAUAUUAAGCAAAACUCCUGGUGGUUACAUACCACACCAGUUUAUAAAUCCUGAAAACCCCGAGAUUCAUUACAGAACCACGGGUCCGGAGAUUUGGAGAGAUUCAGCAGGGAAAGUAGAUAUCUUGGUAGCCGGUGUUGGAACUGGUGGAACGGUUACUGGAACAGGGAAGUUCCUUAAAGAAAAGAACAAAGACAUUAAGGUUUGUGUGGUGGAACCUGCCGAAAGUGCGGUACUCAGCGGAGGAGAACCAGGUCCACAUUUGAUCCAAGGAAUUGGCUCUGGUGAAAUUCCAACCAAUUUGGACUUGAGCAUUGUUGAUGAAAUCAUUCAAGUGACAGGUGAGGAAGCUAUUGAAACAGCCAAGCUUCUUGCUCUCAAAGAAGGAUUAUUGGUUGGAAUAUCCUCUGGAGCUUCAGCAGCGGCUGCGUUAAAGGUUGCAAAGCGGCCAGAAAACGCAGGGAAACUCAUUGUGGUUAUUUUUCCCAGUGGAGGAGAACGUUAUUUAUCGACUGAAUUGUUUGAGUCAGUCAGAUAUGAAGCUGAGAAUUUGCCAGUUGAAUAAGUAGUAACGUAGGAUUCAAUAAGAGAUGUUGGUACCAAGAUUACAGUUUGAUUAUUGUAAAAUCAAUAAGAGUUACUUAU